AAGACAUGCAAAAGCUGGUGUACCGUACGAUCAUUAUCCACAGAGUGGCCUCGCCAACGUCAGGUUCGAUCAGGAUGCCGUGCAUGAGGAAGGAGCCGUAACCUUCCAAACGCAAAGCGAACGGCCAUACUUAGUGCCGGGAAAUCUCGGAGGCGUAUCUCAUUACUCGAGGAAUGAAAACACAUACAGUACACUACCGGACGUGAACAACAUAUACGACACGAUCAAUUGUAUCAGUGACUGUCCAACCACUGAUGCGCCUCCUCUACCCUCUGAUAGGAUGAAUGAAAACACAAACUGCAAAACACUACAGAACGUGAACAACAUAAACGACACGGUCAAUUGUAUCAGUGACUGCCCAGCCACUGAUGCGCCUCAUCUACCCUCUGAUUGGAUGAAUGAAAACACAUUCUGCAAAACACUUCAGUACGUGAACAACAUAUACGACACGAUCAAUUGUAUCAGUGAUUGCCCAACUACUGAUGCGCCGCCUCUACCAUCUGAUAGGAUGAAUGAAAACACAUACUGCAAAACACUACAGGACGUGAACAAUAUAAACGACACGGUCAGUUGUAUCAGUGACUGCCCAACCACUGAUGCGCCUCCUCUACCCUCCGAUAUGAUGAAUGAAAACACAUACUGCAAAACUCUACAGGACGUGAACAACAUAUACAACACGAUCAAUUGUAUCAGUGACUGCCCAACCACUGAUGCGCCUCCUCUUCCCUCUGAUAGGAAAUAAAUGCCUCAAAGCAGCGAGCUCUCUGGUCUGUAUUUAGCACCAUCUGAGGGAUGCAUAUCAGUUACGAAUUCGUCUCACCAUUUCUUCGGCAGUGGUAGCAGUGCCAAGAAUUUUAACUAGCCGAAUUGAUACUUAAAAAUGACAUGUGUUGAAUAGUCAUAUGUGUCAGUUCUUGAAAUGGAUUCCAUGUAUAUUCAAUAUUUUUACAAAAAGAAUGUUUUUGCUGCCUGUACUUUACAGCCAUAGUUUGAGACAAUAAGACAAUCAAAUGUUUUAAAUUAUUUAUUGAACAAAACCAAGAAAAGUAUGUUAGAACAAAUUA